GUUGUGAGCCGGGGUGAAGGCGUGGUGAGGCGCGCGCGGGGAGGAUGCGGACCGAGCGAGCGGCGAACUGACCCACGCGCCACUAACGAUGACGGAGGGACGGCUCUGCCAGGUUCUCCUGCUGGAUAACCGAACCCUGGAGCUGCUGGUUCAGCCAAAGCUGUUGUCCCGGGAACUCCUGGAUUUAGUCUCCUCCCACUUUAACCUGAAAGAGAAAGAAUAUUUCGGAUUCACUUUUACUGACGACACUGGUCAGUGUAAGUGGUUGCAGUUGGACCGCAGAGUUCUGGAUCAUGACUUUUCCAAGAAGUCCGGACCGAUCCCCCUCAACUUCCUGGUCAGGUUUUAUAUAGAGAAUAUUUCUCUGCUGAAGGAUCAUGUGACCGUGGAGCUGUUCUUCCUCAACGCUAAAGCUGCUAUUUAUAACGGCGAUAUAGAGGUGGAGAGUGAACUGGUGUUUAAACUGGCUGCACACACUCUACAGGAAGCUAAAGGUGAUUUCAGCAGUGAUGAGAGCUGCAGAGCGGAUUUGAAGAAGCUUCCCACUCUCCCCACCAGAGUCCUGAAGGAGCAUCCGUCUCUCGCCUACUGUGAGGAGCGAGUGGUGGAACAGUAUAAGAUGUUGAGGGGCGUGUCCAGGGGUCAGGCCAUCGUCCAGUACCUGAGCCUGGUGGAGGCGCUGCCCACAUACGGAGUUCACUAUUACGAAGUGAAGGAUAAGCAGGGAAUGCCGUGGUGGUUGGGGAUCAGUUAUAAGGGAAUCGGGCAGUACGACAUCCAGGAUAAAAUAAAACCCAGACGGUUGUUCCAGUGGAAGCAGUUGGAGAAUCUGUAUUUCCGGGAGAAGAAGUUUGCAGUGGAGGUGAAUGACCCCCACAGGCGAGCAGUCACUAAGCGUACGUUUGGUCAGACGGGUUUGGUGAUCCACACCUGGUACGCCAGUCACUCUCUCAUCAAAACCAUCUGGGCCAUGGCGAUCAGCCAGCACCAAUUCUACCUGGACCGCAAGCAGAGCAGGGCCAAAAUCACUACAGCCAGAAGUUUGGGAGAUAUUGCCUCGGACCUGACGGAGAACAGCGCCUCAAAAACCAACGUUGCCUCAAAACUCAACGUUGCCAUAAAGAACCAACUGAUCAUGGCCAGUAACGGCAGCCUGGUCUCUAACGGUUCUGCAGACUCUGAGUUUAAUGAUGAGCAGAAGAAAGAGAAGCUGGCAGAUCUAAGGAGGAAAGAACAGGAGAUCCAGGACAUCCUGAACCGGAGAAUCGAAGAGCUGAAGAACAUCUGCCUGCGGGAGGCGGAGCUGACUGGCAAACUGCCAAAAGAGUACCCUGUUCUGGUGGGAGAGAAACCCCCCGGCUUCAGACGGAGAGUCGGCACCGCUUUCAAACUGGACGAGCUUUUCCCCUAUAACGAGGACCCGUACCUGAGGAACCUGGAGAGCCGCUUUGCUCUGCAGCAGAAGAUCGUGGAGGCAGCAAAGAAGCUGGCAACCGAAUCAGAUAUCGGCAAGACAGUGAAGAAAAAGAGGAGAAGGAAUUGUUUGGAUGCCAUGCAGCGACUGCAGGAGAUAGAGGAUGAGAUGAACCGAUACAGAGUGAAGAAAGGGAAGAAGCCGACACAGAGGGCAUCUCUCAUCAUUGCUGAUGAAUUGGCUCCCUCAGAAUGCAGCUCCCUGUCGGACAGCCAGAAUCUGGAUGACGAUGAUGAUGGAGGUCAGCGUCGGCGCUCUCGGUCGGUUCAGUGUUCACCGCUGCAGUUGGAUCCGGAGCGCCGAUCCUCUGAGAGUGACUCCGCCCACGGCAGAGCGCUCAGCCGGCUGGAUUAUGAGGGGGCUGAGCAUUACUACAGUCCACGGGAGGUUUUCUCAGCGAGCAGUAGCCCAUAUAAAACCGUCCCCCGGAGACAAGUGGCCAAUCACAGCGAAUCUCAGAGUCCCAUGACCCGCAACGCCUAUAGCAGCAGCCAGCUACGGUCGGACGGUUCUCUGCAGGGUUUCCGGCAUCGCAGCGGCAGCCUGGAGUCCCAGUCUCAGCUCCUCCGGUAUCCUGGGUCGGACCGAGCCAUUUUCACAGCGUCACCGACACGCCGCAGCAACAGCAGCGAACUUCUGGAUGAAUAUUCAUCAUACACCAACCUGUCCAGCCCGUGUCCAUCCAUGUCCCCCUACCGUACGCUGGACACACAUUCACAUGACUAUCGGCAAAACCGCAAGGUAGAAAUUUACGGGAAUACGGGCAGCAUGCCCAAUCUGGUGCCCAACAGCUACAGCGGUGCUUAUAGUUACCACCCACCUGCCCACUAUGGGAACACUGCUUACUACGUAGCUGGUUACCCUACUCCUGACUACGAGCCGUACGCUAACGGUGCUUACGUCUAUGAAAGUGAACUAGAAGGACACUAUAAUAUCAACCCUUCAUACAAUGCACAAGGUUACCAUGGGAACAGCCGCAAUGGGCAUUAUGGGAUGGAAGGAAUGGACGGUCUGGCCCAGAACCCCUACGCCACCGUGAGGCCACCACGGAGCCGCCAGGGGCCCCGGAACGAACUCUUAGCUAAAAGCAUGCAGAAAGCUCUAGUGGUGGAACAUCUCAGGGGGUGGUACAAUCGUAACACAGGGAACCGGGAGCCUGGAGGGCGGAGCCUGCUUGCCAGCUACGAUUAUGACAGAGGGUCCCAGCACAGCCUCAGGUACCAAACUCUGCCCACCCCGUUCAGCCGUGCCAGCCGGGCAGACUCCUUCUCAUCAGUGUCGUCAACAGCAAGCGGGGGGGUGAGCUGGCACACCCCUGCAGGACUGACCGAUAGUGAGCUGGAUGGUGAUGUUGCCCUGACCCCCCAGACUGUCUGCCCUGAAGCCUACACCCACAGCCCCACCUACAGCCCCACCCACAGCAGGUUCCCGGCUGAGAGCAGUCCUGCCAGGCAGUCCAAUUCUCUCUCUCUCACCUCCGACUCGGGGGACGUGUUCGGAGCAAUGGCCGACUCGGACCAUUAAACAGAAAAGCACAACAGGACCGGUCCAGGUGGUUGCUGUGGUUCGCAGGUCCGGGUGGUUGCUGUGUUUUUUUUGUUCUCCAAAAAUAUAAAAAAUAAAAAAGGCACAAAACCAAUAGUAAACAGCUUUCUCAGCUGAAGCUAAUGCUAAUGCUAAAGCUAACAAGACUUCAAGAGUCUUUACUGUGCCUUGAAGCUGUUCUGUCACUGCGGUUCAAACAGGAAGUGAUCAGAACUGCAGCAGGAGCUUCACCGGACAGACCGAACCGGAACUGAACCGGAACCGAACCAGAACUGAACCAAACCAGGACUGAACCAGAACUGAACCAGAACUGAACUGAACCAGAACUGAACCGGAACUGAACUGAACCGGAACUGAACCAGAACUGAACCGUGGUGUUGGUCAUACAGAAUUUUAGUGUAAACACUGAACUGUCUGUAACAAACUCCGGGAUUAAACCGAGUCUUAGAUUAUAAUUUAAAAUCUUUUAUCAGGAUUAAUCUCUCCCCGGGAAUCCAGUGAUGAAUAAAUGAACCUGCCAUAAAACUUAAACAUACUGUUGCCUUUUUUAACUCCGGAUUUAAAACUGAUUUAUUAUUCUACUAAAUUUCCAAUAUCGGAGCUUCAGCUCUGGUUCAAUUAUAACCUAUUAUAGAAAAUUAUACACAAAUUUAUUUCAUUAUUAAACACCAGUAAUGACUAAUAUGCACCAAUAAGAUCAGACCACUGCAAAAAUACAUCCUAUGCAUUAGUUCUAAAUAUAAUUAGUAAUACAGUCAAAUUAAUUGUCAGAAUUCUUCAGUUUUGUCAAGAAUUAAUCAGCCAAUAGAAUGCAGCGUCCACUGUGGGUGGUAAUAUUAGCUUCUAUGAUUUAUAAAGUUUAAAACCUGAAAGUUCAGAAACAGAACAUCCCUGAAAUCUAUACAGUUCUGAACCUAAAACUAAAAAACGUGAAGAUUAAUAACUAAUGAGUUCAUUAAUCUUAUAAUAUUCAUACAACAAAAAUGAUGAAAAUCUAAUAUUUAGUAAAUGCUUAUUGCUAUGUUUUUUGGAAGUGUUUUUGUUCUGCUGUAGACGAGGGCGGUUCUCUUGCUCUAAAGAUUUAUUUCUUUUUUAGCACAAUUUAGAAAUCUAGUUAUUAUUGUAUAAAUCUUUCCUGGUAAUUAAAUAAUUAGUUAUGUAUUUGUUCUGUUUGCACUGUUUGAGGUGAUCAAAAACAAGAACAACAAUGAUUUUAUCCAAAUACCUAAAAGAAAUAAAGCACAUUUUCAUACAGAAUAACUGAAUUCCUUUAUAAAAUAUAAUAAAAUACCAAUAAAUUUUAGUGUUAAUCUUUCUGCACAGCGCUGGAAAUUACAGUGAUUCUAAGGGUUAAACUUUGCACACAAAAUGUUAAAACCUUAAAUAAAACUAAAUGAAUCAGUGACUGUGAAAAGUAAAAUGUUAAUAUGAGAAUAUUGAUGAAUAAGUGUUGGUGUGUUUGCUGGUGGUUAAGCUGGUUUUCCGUGCUGGAUCACAUGUUUCUGUUUUUUACUCUGAAUGUUGCGAUUUUAACAGGAAGUAGUAUUUCUGUAUUGUUGCUGUGUGUGUGUGUGUGUGUGUGUGUGUGUGUGUGUGUGUGUGUGUGUGUGUGUAAAAGCAUGUGGUGUACAGCGCUGAUGUUUUUUUUAAUGUAAAUUUUCUGAAUGUGAAAGAUGUGUUUUAUUAUGCUCAUCAAAAUCAGAACAAAACAAUAAAACAGCGCCACCUGUGGCUCAAUCAAA